CCGAUAUCCUUGCGCGUCUCUAUUGUUAUCUCAGUAGCUAUUUAUCGAGUAUCCCUUACUCUCUAAAUCCCCAUACUCGAUUUAUCAUUUUGAUAUCGAUCUGUUUGCAGUAAGUUCCGAGUCGACACGUCUUACUAUCCUUCCAUAUGCUUCACACUCCCUACUGCCCUCAGUCCUCAGUCCAUUACUGAAAGAAGACUCCAUUCAGAUUAAGUUAAGAUAGGAUUAUCAUUAUGUCGACGGCAACUUCCAAGGUUACUCCCAAGGACUCAUCUGAGAUUCCUUCUACGGACGCUCACUUCAUUUUCGAGUGUGUCCGCCAGCUGGACACCAAUGGAUGCGUUGAUCUCGGCAGCGUCGCUCAGUCCAUGGGAUAUACCAACGUUGCGUCUGUUGGCAAUCGCUUUAGACUUCUCCGCAAGCGCUACAACUUGAGGCUUGAAUGUAAGAACACUGGCAACACCAAUAGGUCAAAGGGCACUUCUGGUGGUCCUGUUAAGAGCAAAGAUGUCUCGGAUUCUUCUAGUGAUCCAGCGGAUGAUACCUCGACGUCGCCCAAGAAGCCUCGCGGACGCAAGCUUGAUUCUAAACCCAUCCCUGCCAGUGGCCCCGAUGGUGGUAGCGAGGUGAUUGCUGCACGCAAGGCUAAAUCCAAUCGCAAUCGCAAGGGCGUGGCACCUAUCCAGUCCAAGGCUAUUUCUGAUGAAGCCGAUGCCGAUUCUCAGUCCCGUGGGGAGAUCUCUCCCGCUCUUCUGUACGCGAUCGACGUUGCCACUGCGGAAGAAGAGGCGAAGGAGGCCAAGGACGAGUCUACUAGCGAAGCUGAGUAACUAGUCCCUGGGCUAUGUUAUAUGGCUGAAUCUCUACGGUUUGUUGUUGCGAUCAAAUAGCCAUCAUAUUCAUAGUACUUGCCCUUUUAUUCCUCCACUGGGGUAUCAGGCGUUUUUCUUUCACGGUUGUAAUAGGACAAAGAGUUUUUGAGAACUGUUUCUUUUAUUCGUUUUACAGGAUGGAGCAAAUUUCAGAAAGGGAUGGGCAAGAUCGUCGAAGACAAGGCGAGUUUGGAUUUUGAUUUACAUCUGGGUUUCCUACAUUAUCGACGGCAUCUGGACAAUCUGGACAACCGGUUUGAGAGAGGCCAAUAUGCUGCGACUUACAUGAAUGGCGAAAAUGUCUAACUUCUAGUAUCUCUCCAACUGGGUAUUCCGAGCUGCCUACGGAUGGAGACACAAUAGUAGAAGCUUC